ACCAGAGAACCAAUAUCUUCACAGCACAAUUGGAUAUUCAGGUGGUUGGUACAAAGAAACAUGGCGAAAAUAAAAAACUUUUUUCUGGGUACUCCACCUCCUCCUUCACCUCCUAUUUUUGAGGAACAAACGAGGAACAUACCAUGGAAUGAAAGACAGCAAAAACUGCAGCUUGUCAGAGAUUACAUGCCUCACAAAGAUGUCCAGCAUCUCAGAAUCCUGCUUUAUGGACCACCAGGUGCUGGAAAGUCCAGCUUCAUCAACUCUGUCGACAGUGUUUUAAGAGGCAAAAUCGCAAUUCGAGCUUUGGCAGCGGCAAGCGUUGGAGAUAGUUUCACCAUUGCACACAAAACAUAUAAAAUUCAGAAAGGAAAUCCAGAAACUUUUUAUCCUUUUGUCUUCACUGACACCAUGGGCCUUGAGAGGGGCGCUAAGGGAGGAAUUCGUGUAGAAGACAUCAAACUCACAAUGAGUGGACAUGUAAAUGAAGGUUACAGGUUCAAUCCCAAAUGUCCCUUGACUGAAACGGAUCCUAACUACAGAAGCUCCUCCACUUUAGAUGACAAAGCCCACAUUCUGGCUUUAGUCCUUCGUGCUGACACAGUGAGCAUGAUCGAUGAUGAAACUGUGACGAAGAUGAAAGUUGUCAGAGAAGUAGCUCGUGACAAAGAGAUCCCACAAAUAGCCAUCAUGACUAGAAUUGAUGAAGCCUGUCCUGAAGUCAAAAAAGACAUAAAGAACGCCUACAAGAGCAAGUACUUGAAUAAGCUGAUGGAAACAGUGAGCACGAAGCUGGAAAUUCCACUGAACUGCAUCUUCCUCGUGAAGAACUACCACGCAGAGAUUGAGACGGAGAAUGAUGUGGAUUCACUGAUACUGAGUGUACUGAAAAAGAUCAUUGACUAUGGAGAGGACUACCUGAAUGACUUAUAAUAGAUAGAAAAUGGAAAUGUCAGUAGUUUCAGUUAUUCUUUGGGUGAUUUUACUUUGCCAUUGUUACAAUCACAAUCACACAAAAUGUAAAUUUCAUCAAAAACUUUAGCAUACUGAUUUUUGUCUCAUUCUUAUUUUAUUUCACUUUUUUCUCUUGCAAAUAGAAUCCAAAUAAACUUCA